AUGGCUCAGCUCGCAGACUUUGCCGUUGCCUUUGAUGACCGACAGCCGCUCUUUAUCUUGCGAAAAUCGUCACUCGUAGGACUCUGGCUUGCUACGUUCCUAUAUGGUGUCUACGUCAUCCUCUUUGGGAUAUCCGUUUACAUUUUCUGGACGGCUGGGAAGGCGCGAAACCUCCUGCUGCAGCUCUCCGCCGUCUUUAUGUUCAGCUUGUCGACGGCUCAUAUGAUCUUGGAUAUUAUCACCACCUUGGGGAUGGACCUCGAAACAGGGAGAUAUAUUCAGUCAACGGCAAUCGCGGCUGUAUACUUGCAUUUGACGAAUAGUGCCAUCGCAGACAGCGUCAUUAUAUACAGGUGUUAUAUUGUGUGGGGAUUCAAUAAGUAUUUCAUUCUGCCUAUUAUUUUGGUUAUCACUACGACCGUGUACGGGUAUACCAUGGGCCUCAGCGUGGGGACAAUAUCUAUUUCUCUUGCCACAAACAUCAUUGUUACAGGGCUCACAGCCGGACGACUCUGGUGGGGCGGGAGGCAAACCGCUGCCAUCCUUGGUCCGCAUCAUCUGGAUAAAUAUGCUAGGGCUACAUCAAUCGUGCUCGAGUCCGGUGCAAUCUAUUCGUUGUCGUUACUGGUAUUCUUGAUUAUGUCGAGAAUAGAGCUUGGGACGAGGCGGACUGUCCCUGCGGACGCCUAUGGUUGCGAACUCCCGCGUAGUUACGUUAUUUAUCUCGCUGUGUCACAGCUUGUGGGAAUUAUUCCGACGUUGAUCAUUGUUCGCGUCGGCCUCAACCUCCGCCCGGUCCACGAGACGAUGUCAGGCCUCCACUUCCAUUCGAGGGCCGUGUCACCGGGCAGACCACUGAACAUUGCCCUCACGACUGAAGUGACUAGUGAUCGGGUGUCCGAGGUGGGAGGGGAGAAAGUUCCAUCUAAUAGCGGACCAUAA